GUGUCCUGUCCGGGCUUCCGUAGACAUUCCUUCAGUGUCAGUGUGCGGUGACAGACAACCGUCGGCGAGCCACGAACACAGCUCCAGGUCCAAACUAUGGAAGAGAUCAAUAACAUUGAAGUGGUUCCGUGCACAGAGUCAGACUACCUGAAACCGUUCAGGGUGCACUACAGCCAGAAUGGCACAAAGAAAUCCUGGGACUUCAUGCGGACUCACGACAGCGUCUCCGUGCUGAUCUUCAACACCACCUCCCACUGUUUUGUGCUCGUCAAGCAGUUUCGUCCAGCUGUGUACAUGUGCGAGUGGGAACGGAAGAAGCAGCCGCCUCAGUCUGCAGAGAAAGGUGAGGAGGCCCCGUGCGAAGCGGCCUCGGAGCCUCCGGAGGCCCAGGCGCCCCCGGAGAGCCAGGUGGCCCCAGAGGGAGACGGCUCCUCUCCGUGGCCCCCGGCCUCGGCGGGCGUCACCUACGAGCUGUGCGCCGGGCUGGUGGACAAGCCCGACCUCUCCCUGGAGGAGAUCGCCCGGCAGGAGGUGCUGGAGGAGUGCGGCUACGACGUGCCUGCGUCCAAACUCAAGAGGAUCACUUCCUACAGGUCGGGCGUGGGCGUAACCGGAUCCAAGCAGACCAUGUUCUACGCCGAGGUGUCGGAUGACAACUGCGUGGGCGCCGGCGGAGGCGAGCCGCGCGAGGGCGAGCUGAUCGAGGUGGUGAAGAUCCCGCUGCACGAGGCCAUGACGUUCGCCUACGACGAGCGCGUGCCCAAAACCAUGGGCGUCAUCUUUAGCUUCAUCUGGUUCCAUAAUAACAUGUCUCCCAAGUACAAGAUCUCCACCAACGUGUAACCACGGUCACGCCACCACGUUCUCCAGUCUCAUUCCAGAUCCGGUCCACCGGCCCAGCACCCACGCCCCCUCAUGCCUCCAUCCUGUGCUGCCUCCUCCUCUGGGUCCUCGAUGGAGGGCGGCUCCUUGUCUCGUCGCCGACGGGCUCCUUUCACUCAGUCCUGUUUAACUUGCCAUAGCUGGUGUCACUGGCUCUUUUUUAAGUUUGCUGAUCACGUCGUUACCUGUGCCAUUAGCUGUAGGAAGCUGCAUAUCACUGGCUCCACCUGCCUGCCCUCGUCAGAGGAGGCUCCACUGAUUUUUAGUAGGAAGCUCGGCUCUGACCAUUACAGGGCUUUUUGUCAAAUUAGAGUCCAAAUUCAGCGUUUUGAAGCUCGUGCUCAUCUGAGGAUGCGAAGCUUUGACUUUUUGCACAGUUCAUCCAUCGCGGUAAAGAUCAGUGGAGUUUGCCUUUAAGCUAUGAUCCAGUAAUGCAAAAACUCUGCUCGUGAGCGGCGGCGCCUCGUCGUGUGUUUGAGCCGCCACCUGUUCAGACACGCCUCACUUCAUUUCUCAUCCACAGCCUUUAAGCAACGCUCGGCCCGGUCUCCCCGGGAGUCACCCGCCACCGCUCAUCUGCACGGAGCCGAUCAGCUGGCACGUCGCACGCCUGCACCGAGGCCUCGUUCUCCUUCUGUGGCUCUGUCUUCAAGCACAACCCCGAUGUGACGCGUCCUGUAAACUCGUUGCGUUGUUUCACGGGCAGACGCUCAGAUUGAACAGAUUUCCUUCGAUAGCAACGCUGAGGAGUAAAAGUCGUUAACAGAGUCCGUCUGAAGCGCAGCCGAAGUCUCAGGUCCAAAUAGUCAAACCUCAGCGUUGCUCCGACCAGCACCAUAUUAACCGACACUCAGCCUUUAGACGAGCGAGCAGACGUUAGUAUUUAGCUUCAUCCAGAAAGGGCUGCUCCAUCCAUGAUUCAGAGGUAGGACGUUCCCCCGGCGAGAAGUUCUGUUAAAAUAUGCAAGUACUGAAGCCCAGUUUGUUUUUUCUAGUCCUCCUGCUCAACCUGAAGCACACUAUGUGCGUUACUGCUCUUUGAAAACAGAAGCUUCAGUAAACUGCAGUACAAAAAUAUUUGGAUAUUAUUUUAGCUAAUGGUUCAAAUCAGGACCAUGUUGGUCCAGCUCCCAUCGGCUGUGGUCCCUCCUCUCUGGCUUCAUACUGGAACCAGUGUGGUAUUUCUUUUGUACCUGUUGCUUUCUGAGCCCAAGAAACAGCUGACAAUCAAACGUCAACAUUUGUCUGGUGUCACACUUUUGUCUGUUUUCCUGCUGUUGCGGUUACUGGUUGUCGCCUGAGCUUCUAAACCUGCACGAGCAAAAUCAGCAUCAUUUAAAUCAACCAAACUACAAACGAAGACUCGUUUGUGAAAUCCUAAACACCAAGCCCUGAACAGGAUAUGCAUCGAACACUGAAGCCAUAUUUAUCUGCCGUGCAUCCAGCUUAUUUGUACCUGUCAUCAAAGAGUGUUUCUUCUCAAAGGAUUUACUGUUUGGUCUAUUGGACGUUUCUUUAACUAAUUCAGCGGCUCUGAUUAUCUCCCCCUAAAGACUGAUGGAUGCUGUGGUGCAUCUCCAGCACUGGGUCUGAGUUGUUUCUGCCAGAAGUAAAUACGAAAGCGUGGACUGGUUUCUGUGGCGCCUGAGAUUCCACUUUCCUGUUUUUGUCUCUCCACCUAAAAUUAAUGGAAACACAACUUUAUUUUUACAAGGAUCCGUGAGAAAAACAUAUGUCGCCCACGUUUUGCAGCUGCAGAUUUGGUCAAACGUUGCGUUAAGUUCCGUCUCAGUCUGUAACUGUGUCACGUGGACAAUAAUAAUCCUGACAUUUUAAAGCCAAGGCCGUGCUGCCUUUUACGCGAGCUUAUGGAUGUGGGUGUGAGGAGACAACAAGCCGACACGCGCACAUUUCUUUGGACUUCUUUGGUUUCCUUCGCUCCAGCUAUUAUCUGAAAUGCUCUUAGCGAAGAUUACACAGGAGGCAGGAUUCACGGCCCCAAGGUGAACGGCAGCUCCUUCAGUCUGACGGAGGUUCAGAACCUCCUCGGAGGGGGAUGCAGGAGGUUCAGAGGAUGCAGGAGGUUCACAUGUAAUCAGCUCUACUAUCAAUAGGCUUUAAAUGCGAGUGACUGUGUGCAAUAAACCUCAGCGCAGUCAGAGUUUGGUCAGAGCAGGAAUCGCUUCAUUCCCAGUCUGCCCAGUAGUGAUGUGAGAGAUAGUGUGUGAUGGUGAGCUAAUCCCAGUGUGAUGUGUUUGCCACAGCAGGUUCUGGUACCAGCGCAGGCACCUGAGCUGUCGGCCUCUAACGAGCGCGCUUCGUUAGUGGGACUUCCUCUGCUGCGGUUCCACUCGCGUCCUUUGACUUUCAGCAGCUCUUCUUUCCUCACACUUUCCCUGUUGACUGAUAUUAAAGCGACGUUUGUUCCAGUAUUGGACAUUUCUACCUCCGUCACUCAGUGAAAACAGAAGCUCGUUCUCACAUGUUGAACCAGACUUCUCUAAACCAAAUGUCCGACUAACGAGUUUCCACCAGAUCUCCACGCAGACGUCCCUGUGGCCACGCUCUAGUUGUGUCUUGUGUUGUUGUGGUUUUAGUUCAUGGCUUCGUCAUCAGCAGCUGCAGUUUAUCAGAAAAGGUGCUAUGAGUAAGAACCUCCACUGAAUUAUUUCCCUCCUUUCAUUCACUGUGUUUUUAUUCCUCGGGUCCUGGCGUCGCAGCAUGAAGUCCACCCAUUGGUCCCGGUUGCUUCUUUACUUGCAGACUCGUUGCUGAGUUUCAGAGUCAACGGGGGGGAGAUAAUCAGAUUUGUGGCCAUGAAGCAGCUCACAGAGAAGAUGUUGUAGCACACGCGUUACCCUCUUUGCUAUUUAAUAUUUAGUCAAAAUCCUACACGUAAAACCUUUAAACGAAGGACAUGGUCUCAUUUUUUUUAUGGUAACCACACAAAUUGUCCAAUUGUAAUGGGUUUUUUUUUUUUGAUGCUGAAUAAGUCUUUUUAAAAAUAUUUUUCUGGAACAAAACAGCUGUUUUUAUGUAUUCUAUGCUUUAUUUAUGGUGUAUUACCCAUUGUGAGCAGUGUUUUCAGUAAUGUUAGAAUUUUUUAAUUUAUGACUUAAAUGUUGGAAUAUUUACCUUUUAAAACAUGAAACUUGGUACAAACAGUAUAUAUUUCAAUAUGAUAUCUUGCAUGUGCACUAACUGUGAUGGAUUCAACUGUAUUAAAUUCAAAUAAAAUGGGUUUGAUGCCCGGAACAUCAA